AUGGAUACAUACCAGCCUCACGUACAUUGGGUUCGCCAGGUUCUCAACCUUGUCGGCUGCGUCGCUAUUUUCCUCUUCUACCGCACCAUGGCUCUCAACACCUACUACCCAGCAACAGUUGACCUUUUGAUCAGUAUUCUUCUCGCCGAAUACUGCCGCUUCAACAAUGAAGGACGACGGAUAGCCUUUCGGCAAGCUGCCUGGCACCCGAAGGACAAGGAAGACGUCGAGAAGCAUGCCCUCACUGCCUCGGCGCAGCGCGAGGCAGCAAGUAGUGAAGCUAUUGCCGCCGUCGUCGGCUGGCGCGAGGACCCAGCGCUAUGGACGCGCUGCCUUGAGAGCUACAAGAAGGCUGUCGGGUGCAAAUUCCUACUCGCUGGAAUCGACGGCCAUGACCCGGACGAUAUGGAAAUGGUCGAUAUUUUCAAGAAGGUCUAUCCCACACAAUCUUGCGUUGUCUAUGUCGAUGAGCCCCUUGGCGAGAUCGCCAAUGCCGUCCGGGCGUCGGAGAAGAUGAGCAGGCGGAAGCUUGGCGACGCCAUAGACGAAAAUGGCAUCAAUGCUAUUGCAAUGGAGCAGUGUAAGCAGGUUGCGCGGCGUGUGCUGGAGCAACAGCUCGGUGGUCGAUCGCUGAGCGGGCCGGAAGGCAUGAAACAGCUGUUGGUAUACCAGCGGCACAUGCACAAGAAGGGCAUUAUGUUCACUGUGCUGGUGUUCUCCAUCGUGCUGGCAGACAUGCUGGGCGUUGAGUUCGUGUGGUCCUCUGAUUCGGACACUAUCGUGCUUCCAGAGUCGCUCGACGGAACCAUUAGCACCGUUGCCGGCGAUCAUACGAUUGGAGGCGCCAGCUCCGGGCUAGUCGUGCACAACGCUGCUGAUACCGUAGUCACGAAGCUUGCUUCCACGAUCUACUGGUGUGAGCUGUAUCUCACACGGUCUAUGCCCGGUUCAAUGGCCGUUAGUGAUUGCCAGAGCGGUCCCAGUGCAGUCUUCAGGUUGUCUGCGAUCAGUCCGAUCCUGAUACGAUGGUACAACCAGCGGGUAUUUGGGAAGAAAAUGAUUGUCAACGAGGACCGUCAUCUCACGACACUCUUACUCCUCAAUGGCUGGCACGUCAUAUAUGCUGGCGACAUCAUGACCGAGACAGAGAGCCCAGUGACGCUCGUGCGCUGGAUACGCCAACAGGUCCGCUGGGCUCGAGCACAACAUAUCGAGUCGCUGCUUUUGCCGAGAGUCUACGCCAAGUCCCACCCGUUCCUCUUCAUGUCCGCCCUCCGCCGCGAGCUGGCCCACCUCGUCGUCUUCGUCCAGUGCCUGCUGUACCUAUUCACGGAGCACAACUUGCUGUACUUCAAUAUGCCAGACUUCGGCCUGCGCAUCAUCGGCAUCGCUCUCUACAACUUCUUGCGCAACCCAGACCGCCAGUCCACUGCGGCCGUGGUGUGGAUGAUUCCGGGCCUGUUGUUUUACAAUGUUCCCUUGCCCGCUGUGCAGGCAUGGAGUUUGGUAACUCUCACAGCAGAUACAUGGGGAAACUGCAUGCGGUCUAGCACCGAGCGUGCAAAGAAGGAGAGCACGAGGAAGAAGUGGUUCGAAUCUGGAUUCUUCGUGAUCUGGAUGGGGGUGGUCGGGGCCAUGCUUGCGAAAUGGGUGUCCACGCGAAUGGCGUUGAUGCCUGGGCAGAUGCUUGUUGUCAUGCUCUCAGCGGCUUCGCUUUCGACCUUCAUUUUCUGGAGGAUUACGAUACAGUCCAAUUAA